AUGAGCGGUCUUGGCGUGUACACCGCCGGCUACUGCACCGCGCUGACGAUGGCAAUGUUUGAGGACCUCGGCUACUACAAGGCCGUGUGGAGGAUGGAGAAGCCGAUGGCGUGGGGCAGAGGCGCGGGCUGUGACUUCCUCGAGAAGCCGUGCUCGGACAAAAGCCCCGGCGAGCACCCCGGAAUCUUCUGCGAUAACAAGACCGACGGCGAAACACUUCGCUGCACGUCCAACCGCCAGGCCAUCGGGCAAUGUGAGUUCAAUGCCGCUGAAGGCGACGCCAACGAAACGUGCCCAGUGUUUUGGGCGGAUUCGAGUCGUUCAGCGGCUUUUGUUUAG